AAAAAUGCAAAGGGACAGGAGUUGUUUGACCAGAUUGUAUAUCAUUUGGACCUUGUGGAAACUGAUUACUUUGGCCUACAAUUCAUGGAUGCUUCCCAGGUUACACACUGGUUGGACCAUUCAAAGUUCAUUAAGAAGCAAAUAAAAAUUGGACCUCCGUACACGUUGCAUUUUCGAAUUAAGUACUACUCAUCAGAACCGAACAACCUUCACGAGGAGUUUACAAGGUACCUGUUUGUAUUACAGCUCCGGCAAGACAUUCUUUCAGGGAAACUGAAAUGCCCGUAUGAAACUGCUGUUGAGCUAGCAGCUCUGUGUCUUCAAGCUGAGCUGGGAGAGUGUGAGCACCCAGAGCAUACACCAGAACUCGUGUCUGAAUUCAGGUUUGCGCCAAACCAGACCGAAGCAAUAGUAAUAAAUAUAUUUUAUAUUCUUAGGGGAAAGAGCCCAGCGCAGGCUGAAUUGUGCUACUUGAAUAAAGCUAAAUGGCUAGAAAUGUAUGGUGUAGAUAUGCAUGUAGUUAAGGGAAGAGAUGGUUGUGAAUAUGCUCUUGGACUGACACCAACAGGCAUAUUGAUUUUUGAAGGAGCCAACAAAAUAGGCUUAUUCUUUUGGCCUAAAAUCACAAAAAUGGACUUUAAAAAGAGCAAACUAACACUUGUGGUUGUAGAAGACGACGAACAGGGCAGAGAGCAAGAGCACACAUUUGUUUUCCGGUUAGACAGUGCCAAAACAUGCAAACAUCUGUGGAAGUGUGCGGUGGAGCACCAUGCUUUCUUCAGAUUGCGAGCCCCAGCAAACAGUAAAUCUAGUAGAUCCGACUUCAUAAGGCUGGGAUCACGCUUCAGAUUCAGUGGGCGGACAGAGUAUCAAGCGACACAUGGGACAAGGUUACGCAGAACUAGUACGUUUGAAAGAAGGCCCAGCAAGCGAUAUCCUUCUCGAAGGCAUUCAACUUUUAAGGCAAACAAUCCCGUGAAAGCUGCACAACUGUGUGCUAAAAAUACUCCUGAAGUCCAUAACUACCAGCCACAGUAUCAUCCUAAUAUACAUCCUGCUCAGCCACACUGGCAUCCACAUACACCUGUGAAUGUAAGCUAUCCCUUGAACAACAGUGAUCUGCAUCAGUUCAACAUUGAGGAGAACGGUGGAGCACCAUAUACCACAAAAAUGCCUGCAAGGCACCACCACCACCACCGCCAUCACCACCACCACGCAAAUUACGGCGCCCUCACUCCUGACAGCAAAGACAUUGUUUCUGGAGUUCCAAACCCAAACA